AUGGCAGCUUCUAACAGUCAAAGCAUGAUUGAUUUUCUGAAGAAUUCUUCAUUUAUGACAGCUGACGACGCAAAAAUUGAUUCAUCAUUUGAAGAAUCCGUAAUUUAUAAGCCAAAUGUCGCAGUCGGAUAUCAAAAUGAUAGAGUUGUGCAGUUAGAACAAAGACUAGCUGAAAAGGAAAAAAUCUUGAAAGAAAUGAGCACAAUUCAUGACGAAACGUAUGAUAAUAAUCUUGCACUAGAAAAUAAGCUGUCAGACUGCUUCAGGGAAAGGGAUAAACUUCUGAGGGAAAAUGAAAAUUUGAAAAUAAUUAUUGAAGAAAAAGAGAAAAAAAUUGAAAAAUUAGAAAAACUGCUGAGCUCAAGGCAAAUUCCUGUAGACGAAGAUACUACAAUAAAAUUCACACAUGAAAAAGACAAAUUUGUAAUAUUAAAAGAACUAAACGCCUUAAGAGAAAAAUACAAUGACAGAGAAGAACUUAUUCUGAAUCUUCAAGGCGAGAGAGCUCGUCUACGUCGGCAAAUUGAAGAAUUAAAAUCUAAUAGCAAAAGAUGUAUCGAUGCAAAUUCUAGACAAAUUGAAGAGCUAAAUAAGAGGUUUUUUUCGUUAGAAGAGUCCUUAGAUGAGCAGUUAUCUCGAAGAUAUCCAUCAGAAAAAACCAAUUGAAAGGACAUGAUUAAUGAAGUUUCAAACACUUUGCAAGUGCAUCACUCAGAAUUGGUUGAAAAGGUUAAGCACUUACUCCCCCCCCCCCUCCGUGAGCGAACAAAACCAUUAGAAAAAUCGCCAUUUUUUUGACCAAAAACCCACCCUCCGUGAGUGAACAAAAAUAUUUUUAAUAGAAAAAAUUUUAAUAGAAAAAAAUUUUGCUAUAUAAGUGAUAAUUAGUAUAAUGAAAUCUAGAGCUAAUUCUGUUUAAUUUUAAACAAAUUGCGUUUUAAAACAUAAAUUUUGCAAAUUAAAUUAGUAUUUGCUUCCCAAUUUUUGCAAAUUAGGAUUUUUUUUAAAUUUCGAAAAAAAUAUUUUUUAUAAAAUUUAUAUAUAAAUUGUUUUUUAAAAAAAAAAAUUAACCCCCCUCCGUGAGUGAACAAAAUUUUUUUGUUCGCUCACGGAGGGGGGGGGGGAGUUAAUAAAGCAUAGGAAGAAAUGCAAAUGGAAAAAAGUUAUAGCAAAAUUUAGAGAAGUUAUGAAAAUGAAUGGGGAAUCUAAUUUUUCUCGAGAAGAUAUAUGGGUAUUAGCCUAGAAAUAGUGACGGAUUUAGAAAGCUUAAAGAGAACAUAAAUUAGAUAUAAAGAAAUCAGAAGGGAAAAUUGAAGGGAAAACUCUAUAUGAAGGUGAAUAAGCAAUUUAGCAGAUGAAAGAGCUCAGCUAAAACAAAAAGCAGAUAUUAUUAAAAGCAUACAAAGGGAUCUGCAAUGUAUAGACAGCGAGUCUAUUCCGAGCACCAUUGAGUUUUUAAAUACCCAAUUAAGAUCUUGCCACCGAAUAAUAGGACAGGUGAAAAAAUAUUUUGGAUUGCCUCAAGCAUCAACAAUCGACGAGUUAGAAAAAGCUUUUAAAUAA